UGCAAUUCUGGGGUUGUGAUUACCGCUGAAGUCUGAAGAUCACAAUUACAUGACGGUGCAUGCGCCUCAGUUAUUUAUUUACACUGACUCUUCCUUCACUCUUCAGUCUUCAUUAUACUACUUUCAAGUCGUGGAAAAGAAGAAAGUUCUACUUUAUAUUUAAUUUCGACGAUGUCUUCUUUAGACCAAAUGGAUGCAGACCCAUUUCCUGCAGUAUAUAAAGACGUCAGGUGUCCCCGUUGCAAUAAAAAUUAUUCUGAAGGCGAUAGAACACCACUUCUGUUGCUGUGUGGUCAUGCAGUAUGUGAGAGGUGCUAUGGAAAGUCCAACCAACUUGUGUGUGGUGUCUGUAAUGAGGAAACAGUUUUGGCAGCUGGAGAAGAGAAGUCCAAACAUUUCUAUACAUACGGACUGAUUCAUGAUACAUGUUCAAAAUCACGUGGUCAUGGAAGCCGCACACGCGCAAGGAAACUGGUGGAUAAUGUACUUCGUAAAUCAGCAAUAAAUAAAUUGUUAAUUAAAGAUCCUUGUGAUGAAUGUCUUCUGUCCAAAGCAACAGUCCAGUGCAGACAAUGCUGGAUUGAGGUGUGUCUACCCUGUUUCAAUAAGUGCAAAAUGGCCUCCUAG